UCCCAGAAGCCACCGCGAAGCUACACUGUAGUUCUCGGCGUUUCCGUGUGUGGCUGGUCUGCUGUUCCCUGAGCUGGCCCGACGGGAGGCCGGAGCAGCCGCUCCGGUUGCAGUUGAGGCAGGAGCGGGAGCAGACCAGGGCACGGGACAGAGCUGAGGACCUGCUGGUUUUUGUCUCCUGGUCUGAGGGACCCAAGCUGGGGAUCCCAGAAACCAAUCUAGGGGUAUGAUGGAUUUGGCCUAUGUCUGUGAGUGGGAGAAAAGGCCCAAAAGUAAUCAUUGCCCCUCCAUUCCAUUGGUCUGUGCCUGGUCCUGCCGGAACCUUAUAGCCUUUACCACAGACCUGAAAAAUGAAGAGGAGAAAGAUUUGACCCACAUGAUUCAUAUUUUGGAUACGGAGCAUCCCUGGGAUGUGUACUCUAUUAAUUCUGAACACAACGAAAUGAUCACUUGCCUGGAGUGGGAUCAGUCUGGCUCCAGGCUCCUGUCGGCCGAUGCUGACGGGCAUGUGAAGUGCUGGAGCAUGACCGACCACCUGGCCAACAGCUGGGAGAACACCGUGGGCAGCAUGGUGGAAGGAGAUCCCAUUGUAUCUCUGUCCUGGCUGCAUAACGGAGUGAAGCUUGCCCUGCACGUGGAGAAGUCUGGCGCCUCCAGUUUUGGCGACAAGUUUUCUCGAGUCAAGUUCUCCCCAUCCCUGACGCUUUUUGGCGGGAAGCCCAUGGAGGGUUGGAUUGCAGUGACCAUCAGCGGGCUGGUGAUUGUCUCCCUGCUUAAGCCCAAUGGGCAGGUACUGACUUCUACGGAGAGCCUGUGCCGCCUUCGCUGCCGUGUGGCCCUGGCGGACAUCGCCUUCACGGGUGGCGGGAACAUCGUGGUCGCCACGUCCGACGGCAGCAGCACCUCCCCAGUGCAGUUCUACAAGGUGUGCGUCAGCGUGGUGAACGAGAAGUGCAGGAUCGACACAGAGAUCCUCCCGUCGCUCUUCAUGCGCUGCACUACAGACCCGGCGCGGAAGGACAAGUACCCCGCCAUCACCCACCUGAAAUUCCUGGCCAGAGACAUGUCGGAGCAGGUGCUGCUCUGCGCCUCCAACCAGAUGAACAGCAUCGUGGAGUGCUGGUCCCUGCGCAAGGAAGGCCUGCCCGUGAACAACAUCUUCCAGCAGAUCUCCCCUGUGGUCGGAGACAAACAACCGAUGAUCCUCAAGUGGCGGAUUCUUUCAGCGACCAAUGAUCUGGACCGUGUGUCUGCCGUGGCCCUGCCCAAGCUGCCCAUCUCGCUCACCAACACUGACCUGAAAGUGGCCAACGACACCAAAUUCUGCCCUGGCUUAGGCCUGGCCCUGGCCUUUCAUGAUGGCAGCGUCCACAUCGUCCACCGCCUCUCGCUGCAGACGAUGGCCAUGUUCUAUGGCUCCUCCACCCAGCGCCCGGUGGAUGAACCGUCCAUCAAAAGGCAGCGGACCGCUGGCCCCUCCAUCCACUUCAAAGCUAUGCAGCUCUCCUGGACCUCGCUGGCUCUUGUAGGCAUUGAUAACCACGGAAAGCUGAGUAUGCUCCGCAUCUCACCCUCCAUGGGCCAUGCCCUGGACAUGAACAUGUCCCUGCGCCACCUGCUCUUCCUGCUGGAAUAUUGCAUGGUGACUGGCUAUGACUGGUGGGACAUCCUGCUGCACGUGCAGCCCAACAUGGUGCAGAACCUGGUGGAAAAGCUCCAUGAAGAGUACAUGCGUCAGAAUGCGGCGCUGCAGCAGGUGCUGUCCACUCGGAUUGUGGCCAUGAAGGCUUCCCUCUGUAAGCUCUCCUCCUGCACCGUGGCCCGGGUCUGCGAUUACCAUGCCAAGCUCUUCCUGAUCGCCAUCAGCUCCACCCUGAAGUCUCUGCUCCGGCCCCACUUCCUGAACACUCCAGACAAGAGUCCUGGGGACCGGCUGACUGAAAUCUGCAGCAAGAUCACUGAUGUCGAUAUCGACAAGGUGAUGAUCAACCUGAAGACUGAAGAGUUUGUAUUGGAGAUGACCACCCUGCAGUCCUUGCAGCAGCUCAUCCAGUGGGUGGGAGACUUCGUGCUCUACCUCUUGGCCAGCCUGCCCAACCAGGGCUCUCCCGUCCGCCCAGGCCACAGCUUUCUGCGCGAUGGCGCUUCCCUGGGCAUGCUGCGAGAAUUGAUGGUCGUUAUUCGAAUCUGGGGCCUCCUGAAACCAAGCUGCCUGCCCAUCUACACUGCGACUUCCGACACCCAGGACAGCAUGUCCCUCCUUUUCCGGCUCCUGACCAAGCUCUGGCUCUGCUGCCGGGAUGAGAACCACCCCUCGGAGCCCGAUGAGACCCUCAUUGACGAGUGUUGUCUCCUCCCGAGUCAGCUGCUCAUCCCCAGCCUGGACUGGCUGCCCAUCAGCGACGGCAUCAUCAGCAAACUCCAGAGCAAGCAGCUGGUGCGACUGCAGUUUGGGAAGGCCCCCGGGCUGCUCGGCUAUGCUGGCGCGCCACCCUUCGAGGUCCUCGCCAGAGCCCCUGGGCAGCCGAAGAUUGACCACCUCCGGAGACUGCACUUGGGGGCGUACCCCACCGAGGAAUGCAAAUCCUGCACCAGGUGCGGCUGCGUCACCGUGCUCAGGUCCCCCCACAAGGCGACGGCGGUGAAGCAGUGGGAGCAGCGCUGGACCAAGAACUGUCUGUGUGGGGGUCUGUGGCGCAGGAUGCCUGCCAGCUACUCGUGACCUGCCUGCCCAGAGGGCACUGCGCGGGCCGGGCUUCGGGCCAGCCUGAAGUCUUGUACAUAGGUUUGUGACGGACUCGGUGCCAAAAACCAAGAACCCCCGGAUCUUUCUCCUCGGAGUCCCCAUUGUCUGUCUUCAGUAGAGAACUCCUUCCUCUCCCCUCCCCCAGUAGAAGCGAAUAACUCGGCUGUGAGGGGAAGCAGGGGCACGUCCAGGAGCCAGGCUGUCUGGCUGGGACCAGGCCUCGGGUUGGGUGACUGGCCACGGGACUCCCGCUGGGGCCCAAGUCUUUGGACUGAUGGUGGAUGAGGGCCCAGGUUGGGCGCUGACGUCAUAGAUCAUGGGAACGUGUGGAGGGACAGCGGGAACGCCACUCGGAUUUGGACCUGGAAGGGGCCUCGGAAGCCAUCCCCCCCCCCCCCCCCCCAUCUCAUUUUACAAAUGAGGACAUUGAGACCCCGGGAGGAAUAGACGCUUAACCCGGGGCAGCCCCGGGCGUGCUUUCCCCCACAUUGACCACAGUGACUGGGACACUCCCCCGGCAAAGAAAUGGCCAGUCCUGGAAGACCUUGUUCCCCCUGUCCCUGAGCAUGAGGGCCCCCGUGUUCUCUGUCUUCUCUAAGGAGGGCAGUGCUUGCUUAAGGCGUGGGACAGCUCGCAGUACACGGGCCGGUGCCUUCUGCAGCCUUUCUUGUAUUUGUGCCGGUCCCAGAGGCUGCUGGGCAGUCAGGCAGUCAGGAAGGCGACCUCCUCCCUCAGGGCCCAGGCGCGGGGCGACCGGCCCCUCCUCCCGGCAGGGGAGCGCCCUCACGGUGAAGGCGGUGGUCUUCCCGCCAGCGCCAGUCCGAGAAGUUCAAGAGGAAGUCGUUAGAGUCCUGCUGUGUGCCAGGCGUGGGGCUCAGCCGCACUGACGGGGGCCGGGCCCCCAUUGUCCUCGUUUGUAGGCUUUCCCAUUGGCGUUCUUAACCUCACGGGGUUCUAGGUCUCCUCGGCAAUCAGUCUGAGGACACCGGCUGCAGAAUAUGUACAUAGGUCUCUAUAUAUGUACAUGCAUGAAUCACAUGUACAAAUAGAACUUUUUUUUAAAGCUCGCGGCCCUGGGUUAAGAAGCCCGGCUUUAAAGUUUCCUUCUUGCUUUCACCCUCUUCCAGGAAACAAGUCAAGUCCUUCCUGUGGCAGAACCUAAGGAGGCCCAGUCCCCCUCCCCCCAAAUAUCUGCUUUCCGGGGAGAACCCCUGACACCCAGACUCAGUCCCUCGCCCUCCACGACAGCAGCUCCUCCUGCUGGAGACAGAGCCUUCUUGGCUGUGGAGGGAAGAUGGUUCCCCUCUCUCUCCUAGGGGCCAGCCGCCUCUCCCUGGCCCUCUGGAUGGGCCUGCUCCCCAUUUGCUUCUCUCCUGACUGGCUCUUCAGGGAGUUGGGGGGUGGCGGAGGAGAGGCAGGGAGCUGUGUGGAGCAUUUCUGUGUAAACACUAAAGCCUCCCGUUAGUUUGAGGGCUCUCUGAAGUCAUCCCCUUCUACCACCCACCAGGGAAGACAAUUUUCUUUUCUUUUUUUUUAAAUUAUAACUUUUUACUGACAGAACCCAUGUAAAUUUUUACAACAUUAUCCCUUGCACUC